AUGAAACAACAUCAAAACAGCCUGUCCGCAGGCGGCAGCGAUACUACAUAUCCUGAUGCGAUCUUUGCGGUGAACAACGGUACCGCAGCCACCGACACUAUGGUGCAGCCAACCUUCGAUAACACGACAAAACGAGAAUAUACUGCGGCGGUCGGUCAGCCUGCCUACUUACACUGCAGAGUGAAAAAUCUUGGCGACAGAUCGGUAUCAUGGAUACGCAAACGCGACCUUCACAUCCUCACUGUAGGUGUACACACAUACAGCAGCGACGCGCGGUUCGCAGCUCUACACACCGAUGAUUCAGAUGAGUGGACACUGAGAGUUGCACACGCACAGCCAAGAGACUCUGGUGCUUAUGAGUGCCAAGUAUCGACUGAACCCAAGAUCAGUCUCUCCUUUUGGCUCACAGUUGUAGUUUCAAAGGCCGAGAUCCUGUCUGGUCCUGAGCUAUUUGUGCGUGCUGGCUCUGAUAUUAAUUUAACAUGCAUCGCCAGACACGCGCCCGACCCGCCUAGUUUCAUCUACUGGUAUCGAGGUGCCAAUGUGGUGAACUACGCACAACGCGGUGGCAUCAGCGUAGAGACAGAGCAGCGUACCCGUACCAGUCGUCUGCUGAUCGCACGAGCAUCGCCAAGAGACUCCGGCAACUAUACCUGUGCACCUAGUAGUUCGGAUUCCGCGUCUGUGGUCGUACAUGUCCUCAACGGCGAGCGGCCGGCAGCUAUGCAGAGUAAUGCUCUCCAGAACUCUCCAACCAACACACUUAUCUUAAUCAUACUUAUACUAAGGAUUCACAAACUCGACGACAUCAUACAAACCUUAAUUUCAUAUUCGUCCCAAAAUUUUGAAAUGAAAAAUUAUUUCAUUAAUAAUAAUACUAAGGGCCUGGCCCCAUGUCCACGGCACGGUGCCGUGCCGCAGCACCGUGCUGUGGACGGUGCGCACUUAGUGCGCCGCGCGCAACUUGACAGUUGA